AUGCGCUACGUGUGCCGUACCCAAAACCACCACCCAAUACAGGUGUCUCAAACGGUCGCUAUCGUCAAAGUGUACGGCGUGGAAAAAAUCAUAUCAAAAUUGAUGAAAUAUCAGCACAAUGGAAUUGCGGUUUACAACUUGCCGAUUGACGUGACUAUCGAAGCGAUUCACGCGACCAACGGACACGGCGGACGCGACAAAAUGCGCAAAGAAACGCGCAAGAAAUACGCCAACAUUACUGUGUCGAUGUUUAAUUUGUUCUUGUCGAUGUGCGAAGUUUGCGUUAAGACCAAAAAAUCAAAAAUAAUUACCGAGGCCAGAGACAGGACCGAAGACUGA